UCGUCGGGCAGUGGCAGCGGACCAGACUCGCUCGAAGAUGAGCUUCAAACCGUGAUUAAAUGCAACGCCGACGAAGGCAAAGGAAACUUCAAGCUUCACCGCAGUGCUUCCGAAAAGGUGAAUAAAAAGAUGAGCUCUUCGUUACCUGCGAAGAGCGAUCAGCUGCUUCCACCGCAGAACUUCUGCGUGACCAGAAUUGUGGGCGAAGAUGGAAUUCUUUUGGCUUGGGAACCACCACAUGAUGUCCGGGUUUCCGGAUACAAGAUUUUUGUGGAUGGCGAGUUCAACUCGAAAGUCCGAAGCCCGCAGAGGACGAAGGCGCUCAUCAGCGGCGUGCAUCGACUGCGCGAGUCGGGCGCUCGAGUCGUCAUCGACAUCCGUUCUGUAAAUGUCGACGGUGCCAUGUCAGUUCCAGCAGCAACUGACGUCAAAGUGCCACCACCACCUCCGUGUCCUUCCUCUCGACAGCAGCACGAUGUCGCGACAGAGUCGUGCUGUUGAAAGUGCGAAACGAUCCGCGACUGAUGCGGAGGAUAAAGCCUAAAUUGUUCAGUUGCUAAUUUUUUUUUUCCUCGCUGACUUUGCUCUUCGGGGGAUGAUGAUUUCUUUUGCGUUUAGGAUGAAAGUCAAGACUUUGUCGGAAUAGAUUUUGUUUCUGGCCCCACCGUAGCUGGGCUGUACCCAAAAUGUUCUACUAAAAUCGUUCGAAACAUAAUAUGUUUUGAGCUGGUAAUUUCUUCGAAUGGAUAGUGAAUGAACAAAUUUCCUUGAAAAAAUUUGCCCGAAAAAAGUCUCCUGAAAGAAUAAAUCAUCUCCUGAAAAGAAAUUCUGGCUUUCCUUGGCCAUUAAACCCCCGAUUUACGAAUGUUGACUAAAAUGGGGCAACAUUUCUCUUAUUUUUGUUUCAGCGUUUAAUUGUCCCUGAAAUACUUAUUCGUGUAAUUUCGGUUCCCUGUAUUGAGCUUGAUGAGCAGUUUUCGCU